GGUAUGUGCACGUGACCAUCGCACAUGAGCAGUUUAUUCGAAACGAAAGUAAGCAUUUUAAAUAAGACGUUAAUAUAAACAAUACAUAAUUACUUAAAAAAACUAAUAUUUUCGAGUAAAUUUUAAUUAAGUAUUAAAAAUUAUAUUAUUCGGCGUUAAAUUUGACUAUUUUAAAUGAUAAUUGUUGGUAAAAAAUUGGGCGGAAAGACGUGAACGAAAGUCGACGUUUCGAGUUUUAAUCGGAAUCAAACUCUUUUGCUAUUAUGGAUUAAAAUUUCAUUAAAAUGCUUAAGGUAAAGAAUUAAAGUAUCACUUGUUAAGACAAUACCUCGAAAUGAAUGAAAAGUCCGAUGUGCAGGUGUAAUCUCGAACCGGAUGACAAUCACCCACUAUGAAACACACACUAUCAUUGGUGAAUUGUGAUUAGAGACUGUGUUAUCGAAGUGAAGUGGAGUUUUGGCUUAAACCGGAAGAAAUGACAUUUUCCAUCGGCAUUAGUAAACUGUACAAUGAAUAGCAUGCUCUCGGACAUUCGGUAUAUUGUCACGUCUAAUAAAACAUCGUUCCUCACGUGCGACUUUCCAUGGCAACCGUUAUGGCGGCUGAAAGCAUUGACCAAUCAGAUGUGGGAAAGCGGACUUACGUCGUUUGACUAAGGAAGAGCAGCGUCCGUCGAAAAUGACGUCGUGGUGAAAGUGUUAAAUUUAAGAGCAUAAAGUGCAUUUAAAUAAUAGGUAACUUGUUGUGUUUUACUAAUAAUUAACUCUGGAAACGGCAAUAAUUGCUAAUGCCUUAACACUAAAGGCAGAAAUGUGAGAAACAGUCACGUGAUCAGCCGAUAUCGAUAAUGGCGGCUUCCCGUAACUUUACACAAAACGGGCGAGUUUAAAGAGUUGUGAAGGGAUGUCAAGGAAGUAAACAUUUUCAUCAUUGACCGAGUCCAUUUUACAGUUAUUUGGGUAAAGAUACACGUGGAAUGUCGAGUAGAGGAAGGAGAGGCCGUGGACGGCCUCCCAAACGGAGUCCGUCGUCAAAUAGAUUUAAUUUGUUAAAGAAACCUAGGUAUUUAUACGCUGGAAGUGGUAAUUAUAGUUCACGUUCUUCAACACCUGUCAAAUCCGGUGACAGUAGUCCAUCUAACGCAUAUUCCAUUCAUAAUACCCAUUACAAAAGCAGAUUACGAGAAAAGGCUCAAAAAUCUCACAAUCUGUUUCAAGAUGUGCUUGGUGAAUAUGAAGACAAUGACAUUGGAAUGCUUUCUAGUGAAGAAAGUGACUAUCAUGAUGAAGAAAUUGAUGAUCUGAAUGAGUCAGAUGUGAGUUUUGAAUCGGAUGAUGCUAGUGUAAUUUCACAAAGUAGUUACAGUACGAUAUGUAGCACUACUACGCCGUUGAGAAAGAGAUGGACUAGGAGAACGCAUACUCCCGUGUUUUUGCAAGAAAGAGAUAUCCCACCUUUAAAACUUCCAAAAUCUUCAGAAGAUCUACUAUUGGAUAAACAGCAUUUAAUGCCGGCCUUGGGAGUUUAUGAGGUUUUGAGACAUUUUCGAAACAUUCUUCGUUUGACACCGUUUAGAUUCGAGGACUUCUGUGCGGCACUUAUCUGCGAAGAACAAUGUUCGCUAAUUAGUGAUAUACAUGUUAUGUUAUUAAAGGCCAUUUUAAGGGAAGAAGACCUCAGUAGUACCAUGUUUGGACCUCAAGAUUUGAGGGACAGUAUAAAUAUUCACUUGUAUUUCUUAGACAGUAUGACUUGGCCGGCCGUUUUGAAUAUGUAUUUACAAAGUGAUAAAGAAUAUCGUCAUGUAUUAAAUGCUUUCGAAGGUUGUGAAUAUCCUUUCACAACAGUAGAAAAUAAAUUAAGAGUGUUGCAACUUCUCUGUGACCAUUUUUUGACUACUACACAUGCAAGAGAUGAUAUAACAAGUGAAGGUAUUAUUCGUCAUGAUGAUCAUUGUAGAGUAUGCCAUAAACUUGGAGACUUACUGUGCUGUGAAACGUGUCCUGCAGUUUACCACCUUGCGUGCCUUGAUCCCCCUCUUGAAGAAGUUCCAACUGAAGAUUGGGUGUGUAGUGUCUGUAAGACGAAUCAGGUUACUGGUGUGACGGACUGUAUAACAGAAAUUGAGAAAAGUGGUCUUUUGAGUCGUCAAGAAUGCUUAGGACUUGAUCGUCAAGGACGUAAAUAUUGGUUUUUAUGUAGAAGGAUAUUUGUUGAAAAUGAUGAUGAUGUUUAUUACUACUCUACAAAGUUGCAGUUUCAAGAAUUAAUGGAAGUAUUAGAUCCAUUUGACUUUGAGGCUGAAUUGUAUAAAAAUAUUGAAGAAAUAAAAGAGGACGUUUUAAGACAAAUGGAAAUCACAGAAAAGUUAACGUCUAAUGCAAAGGGAAACAAAAAAUCAUAUUUUGAAGUGGAAAAUGUUCUGAGGCAAUCAAGGACCUCCAUUGCCCAAGCACCAUGGAAUAAUACUGCUUUAAGUAAAAUACAGUCUGAAAGAGCUCUUCAGAAAGCAAAAGAAGCUGCUGAUCGAUUAAAGACUGAAGAACCUGCUACAAAUAAAGAGCCUUCUGAGACAGCAGUUGUAAGUGUAUAAAAACAAAUAUAAAAU